UAUCUCACGAACAUAAUUCUAACCAAUUAGCAAACAAAACCUUUAUUAAACACCACUCAUCUUCUUGCCCAGAAAUUUUUUUGAAAUCUGAGAAUAACCCUAAAAUCUUUUACAGUCCAAAACCUCACAAAAAAGCCAUUGGGGGCCCUUUUGGGCUUUGGCUACUGAGGUUUGAUGCCAUUGCAUUUGCACCUACGGAGUCUCCCCUUUCCCUAUAUUCUCCUCUCUUCCACCAUUUUUUGUUGUGGUCUCCUCAUGACCACGUUCACUCAUGACUCAACACAUCAACACUUCUCCAUUUUCUUCUGAUCAAUCCGACACCAUCUUCAUGAACUCUUCACACUGUUAUCCUCACAUUCACUGCUCGAAAUGGUAAAGCCCCUCAAACCCAUAUUACUCUAUUCCUUAAAUCCGCAUCGAAGGAGCAGAUUCAGGGGUUAUACUUAUCUGGGUCGUCUUCAAUUUUCAUCAAAACCCGAUCUUUUUGAUCAAUCUGAGUCCAUACAAACAGAAGAAAGUAAGAGGCUUUUGUUUAUUGUUUCUAAGGUAUCGGAUAUUUUGUCUAAUCCACGGCUGCAAUGGCAGACAAAUGGAGAGCUUCAGUCAUUGAGCUCCAUAUUAAGACCCCCACACGUCGCAAAAAUCGUUGAGAUACAUGAAAAUACUGAAGUAGCUUUGCAGUUUUUUUACUGGGUUUCUAAGAGGCAUUUUUACAAACAUGAUAGGAACUGCUAUGUUUCCAUGUUGAAUAGGCUUGUUUUUGAUAAGAAGUUUGCUCCUGCUGAUCAUGUGAGGAUCUUGAUGAUCAAAGGUUGUAGAAAUCAGGAGGAAAUGAAAUGGGUUAUUGAGUAUUUAAGUGAACUUAGCAGAAAAGGUCUUGGGUAUACUUUGUAUAGCUUUAAUACUUUGUUGAUUCAAUUGGGUAAGUUUGCGAUGGUUGAGGCAGCUAAGAGUGCUUAUCAAGAAAUCAUGAGCAGUGGAAUGGUGCCGAGUUUACUAACUUUUAACACUAUGAUAAACAUAUUGUGCAAGAAAGGGAGAGUUGAAGAGGCCAAGAUGAUAAUGAGUCAUAUUUAUCAGCGGGAAUUGAGUCCCGAUGUGUUUACAUAUACAUCUCUGAUUCUGGGGCAUUGUAGGAACAGGGACAUGGAUGCAGCAUUUGUGGUAUUUGAUCGGAUGGUUCAGGAUGGAAUAGAUCCGAAUGCAGCAACUUAUACUACUCUUAUAAAUGGACUCUGUUCGGAGGGGAGAGUCGAUGAGGCUAUGGAUAUGCUUGACGAGAUGAUUGAGAAAGGUAUUGAACCCACUGUGUAUACAUACACAGUUCCAGUUAGUUCCUUGUGUGCAGUUGGACGUGAGAAAGAGGCUGUUGAUCUUGUAGUGAACAUGAGAAAGAGGGGAUGUGAACCAAAUGUCCAGACAUAUACAGCUCUAAUUAGUGGACUGUCUCAAUCUGGAUUCCUUGAAGUGGCAAUUGGAUUGUAUAACGACAUGUUGAGAAAAGGUUUGCUCCCAACUAUGGUUACAUUCAAUAUAUUGAUAACUGAAUUGUGUAGAGCAAAAUAUAUAGACAGAGCUUUUAAUAUUUUCCGUUGGAUUGAAGCACAUGGAUACAAACCCAACACUAUAACUUGCAAUGCACUGAUCCAUGGAUUAUGCUUGGUUGGGAAUAUUGAAAGGGCAAUGGUUUUACUAAGUGAAAUGCUAAAGGUGGGUCCGGCUCCAACAGUGAUUACUUAUAAUACCCUCAUUAAUGGCUACCUUAAACGGGGCUUUCUUGACAAUGCUAUGAGACUGCUGGAUUUGAUGAAGAAUAAUGGAUGUAAAGCUGAUGAAUGGACUUAUGCCGAACUUAUUUCUGGUUUCUGCAAGAGGGGCAAGCUUGAUUUAGCUUCAGCUCUCUUCCAGGAAAUGAUAAAGAAUGGUUUAAGUCCAAACAAGGUAAACUAUACAGCUCUAAUUGAUGGUUUGUCGAAGGAAGAGAAAGUAGAUGAUGCACUUGCAUUACUUAAAAGGAUGGAAGAGAGUGGUUGCAGUCCAGGCAUUGAAACUUACAAUGCUAUCAUAAAUGGUUUGUCCAAAAAAAACAGGCUUUUGGAAGUAAAAAGACUAUGUAAUAAGCUGGCAGAAAGUGAACUGCUCCCAAAUGUAAUCACCUACUCAACUUUGAUUAAUGGUCUUUGUAGGAAUGGUGAAACUCAUGUUGCAUUUGAGAUUUUGCAUGAUAUGGAGAGAAGAAAUUGCAUGCCGAACCUGUACACUUACAGUUCGCUAAUCUAUGGCUUAUGUCUUGAAGGUCAGGCUGAUAAAGCAGAGAGCUUACUCGGGGAAAUGGAGAAAAAAGGAUUAGCUCCUGAUUAUGUGACUUAUACUUCACUAAUUGAUGGUUUUGUAGCAUUGGAUAGACUAGAUCAUGCGCUUUUACUUCUUUGCCAGAUGGUUGAUAAGGGUUGUCAACCAAAUUAUAGAACCUUUAGUGUAUUGUUGAAAGGAUUGCAAAAGGAACAUGAAUUGAUUUCAGGGAAGGUCUCCAUCAAGCGUGAAACAGUGUAUAGUAGCACAGCUAUCAAGAAGGAUGUUAGUAUUGAACUGUUACGUACUCUACUAAAUAGAAUGUCGGAAGUUGGUUUUGAGCCGAAUGAAGGCGCAUAUUGCACUUUAAUUCUUGGUCUGUAUAGAGAAGGUAAAACUUAUGAGGCAGACCAGUUGAUUGAACAUAUGAGAGAGAAAGGCUUCAGUCCUACUAGUGCAGCAUAUUGCUCUCUUUUAGUUUCUUAUUGCAACAAUUUAAAAGUGGAUGCCGCUUUGGAAAUAUUUGAUUCAUUGAUUCAACAAGGUUUUCAACCUCCUUUGUCAAUUUAUCAAUCACUCAUUUGUGCUCUCUGUAGAAGUAGCCGACUAAAAGAAGUUGAAGUGCUAUUUGAAAACAUGCUUGAGAAAAAAUGGAACAAUGAUGAGAUUGUUUGGACCAUCCUGAUUGAUGGUUUACUUAAGGAGAGAGAAUCCGAAUUGUGCAUGAAGCUUCUUCAUGUCAUGGAAUCCAAGAGCUGCAAUAUUAGUUUCCAGACAUAUGUCAUCUUGGCAAGAAAAUUGUCCAAACUAGAUGGUUAAUUAAUACGAGUCAAAUGAUUUCAUGAGAAUUGAUCUACAGCCCCAGAAAGCAGAAAUAAAAGCAGCUGCGUGAUUGCUGGUAAGCUGAGUUGUUGCUGAGCUUCAUGAUGAAGGAACUGACCUUUUGCAGGUCAAGUGCACAAGGAUACGUCUUGAUAGUUGUCAAUUCUCACCUGCUGAUUACAAUGUCCAGCAAAGUAGGAAUCAGACCUAAAGGUACUGACUAGAGCAGCCAUAUUGAUUUUUCAACACAUACACCCCGGCCAAAAGGUUUCAUUUCCCCCCCUCUUGUUUUUCUUCUCUAACACAAGAUUCAUUUUAUUAAACUAGAGUGCAGUCGAUUUUUGGAAAUAGCAUGUAGGUGUAACAGAUCAGUUUAUGUACAUAGAUCUCGCUUGGCCUGUGAGUUGAAUACUUUAGAAAUACAUGGCAAUUGAUUUAGAGUUGAGAGGAUGUUGUAGUAUUUGUAUUGUUCAGUCAUAAUUGCAGAUAAUAAAGGUAUCUUCACACAACUUUUUUGGUUC